CACAUGGCUCUUUUUCUUUCCCAUUCUCAUCCUUUCCGCCGCUCCAACCCAUUUCACAUUUUCUUUCUUAAUCUUCCUCUCUCCAUGCGAUAUCUUUCUUUCUCAAUUGAAAUCCUAAAGAAAAAUUUCCUCUGUGCUGGAUGGUUCGUUGGCAGGUCAGAUCGCACAUUCAAAAACUAGGUCGAUAAUGGAGGAGGGGUCUGGGAUAGCUUUGCUUGGUCCAAAAGCUCAAGGUCCACAGCUCCAAGGUCUUGUAGUAUGGCCUCACGAUCUUGAACGACCUCAAUAAAAUAUCUAGUCUCGGCAUGGAAGCGGCUUGGGAGGAAGUAACGAUGAUUGCAAGGCGAGCAUGAUAUAUGACUGAUCUUACAUACCAUAUCAUUUAUAUAGCACGAAACUUAUGUCGUUGACUCACUUUUAGAACACUGGUUUUGAUGUCCCACAGUGACUGACUGACACACAGCGCACUACUCCGUCCAAAUUCAAACUGCAAACCCUAAUUUCCCCACUCUCCCUCUCCCAUUCCUCCAUUUCCGAUGGCCUCCAACACCCCCGAUGAGCCCUGCUACUCCGAGACCGAACCGGAAACAAUAGCCCUAAGAAUCAAGGAGAAGCGCUCCCGCCGCGUGAGCUUCGCCGACACCGAGAUCACAUCCGUCCACAUCUUCAACCGCGACGAGGACUACGACACACCUCCGGACCCCAAGCCCCAAUCCAGCUCUCAAAAAGACUUCGAACAUGCCGAGAACCCGGUGAUAGGGUUUUUUAGGGACUUGGGCGGUGACAGCGACGAUUUUAGGGAUUCCGAUAACGAUGACAAAAACGACGACGGGAGAAAGUCGUUUUUCAGGCCAAUUGGAUCGCCCUCUCCUGGGAGUAGUGUUCCGGGCUCUGCUACCUCUAAUGAUGAAGACAAUUUCUUUGGCCCUGUAUCGGCCAAUUUCAUUAGACCAGGACGGUUAUCUGAUUCCGCGGCCUCAGAUGACAUUCAUGAAGCUACAUUGGAUACUACAGCAUUUUCAAUGCAUUACCAUAGUCUUGCAAGGUCAGACUCCGGAGGAGAUCUCAAGACCCCAACGGCGGUUCGCCUUGCCUUUGAAGAGAAGACACCAAACCAUAAUACCAAUGUUACUGAUUCUGGAAGCCUCAUGUCUUUAACAAAACCGAAGAUGGUUACCCUUCAGUCUUCUGUCCCUGCUGAUAAGGUCAGAAGUGGGGAAGAUUCAAAUGACAUGAGUAUCAUAGAAGAAAAUCCACAUAAGUAUGAUUAUGGUAGAUUAUCUCCAAUAUUAGAUGCACUUCUUGCAGCGGGCAGCAAGGAUAUGCAUGCUGACUCAGUUUCUGUCCUAGCCACUUCAAUGCCACCAAAUGGGGGUGAGGUGUCUGCAUCAGAUGAAAAUGGGAUUGGCCACAUGAGAAAUGGUAGAACUACUGAAAUGGGCAAUUUCAGCACCAAUGACUUGUCUACUGAGGUAGAAUCUGUUUCUCGUAUCAAGUUGAGUGAGUCAAAUGGUGGUUAUCUUCAGCAGAUUGCUUACGAUACCUCAUCUAACGGAAAUCAUAAUUCAGCUGCUGGUGAUUCUGGUGAUGGCCAAAUCCAGACCCAGAAUCAAUUAAACAUUGUGAAUAAGGAAUUUAGUCCUGAAGAUGCAUCUCCAAGGGGUAUGAAAAAAUUGGAGUUAACUGCUGUUAAUGGCAAUGGCCUACCAAAAGUCAAUAGUGAAGCACUUCAGUUUGAUGUGUUUGUCCAGCAUGGACCUGCUUAUCAACAUUCGAGUCAAGGCUUGGUACAAGAACAUUCUCUUAAGGAGAAAAUAUAUAAUGAUAAUAGCGAUCAACAUUUGGACCAACAUUAUAGAUCACCGAUGGAGGGGUCCAUAUUCUUGUUAUCGAAUACUCCUAAUUUGGAAAGACACUCAGGGAUAGUGACUCCAUCCUCAAAACAACCAGGUUCCUUUUUAAGUGCGGAACACACAAAACAUAAUGAGUGGGUUUCAUCAAUUCAGAAAAGCAUUUCUAGGUUCACGCUUCCUGAGCCUUCUCCCUGUGCUUCUAUCGUCAACGAUGGAAUUCAAAAAUUAAAAUGUAGAUUAUCAAGUUACUCAUCUGUGAAUUCUCCCUUAACAAAUGCUAUGGCUGACAUUGACAGAGAUCUCCAAUGCAAAUUUUCCAAUUCUCCUACUGCUUGUUUAGAGAAGCAAACAGCUAUGCCUGAUCUCAACAGAGGACAGAAAAGCUUAUUUAACAUGAAUAGCAAUGGAAAUGAGAACUCAAUAAACACCAGUAUGUUGAGCCAGGUUAACGAGACCGUAGACCUUGAUAAAGUUGAAGAGCCUCAGCAUAGCAUGUUUACAUACACUCCUUUGAAGGAUGCAUACAGUACACCAAGAAGGGCGGUGGUUUCACCCUCUCAGCUGUCAUUAUCAGGAAGCAAAAUGACACAGCAUCUCAUGUCAGAAACUCCCACAGAAGAAGCAUUAAUUUCUUCUGGGACUGAUUCCUUAUUGGCAGGUGAGCAAGAAGAUAAUCCUCCCCAUCUGCAAAUUGAAUCUGAAAAGAACUUCCAAUCACCUUCAAGAGGUGCAGUCAUUUUGAACAGCCCAGAUAAAAGCAUUCAAGGUGGAGCAGAACCAAUGCAUUCUAAACCAUAUGUCUGCAGCAGCACAACUGAACCAUACCUUCAGGGAUUUGACAUUUUGUUCGGGAAAUGGUCAAUGCAGAGUCCUUCCGGUAAAGUGUCAGCUGAGAACCCCUCCAUGAAAGGGCCAAUUCAGAGUCCACCCCAGGAGAAUCCAACCCUCAAUUCUACUGGGAGAAUGGCAAUUCAGAGUUCCCUCAGGAAAGCGCCAAAUCAGAGUCCCCGCAGGAAAGAAUCAACUCUGAGUCCUCCCAGAAAAGAACUUACUCGGAGUCCUGGAAAAGAACCAAUUCGAAGUCCCUUGGUGAAAGAGCUAACUCGAAGUCCUAUCGUGAGAGACCCAAUUCAAAGUCCUACUGUGAAAGAGCCAAUUCGUAGUCCCUUCAUAAAAGAUAUGAAUCGGAUUCCCUCAAGAAAAGAGUCAACAAAUAGCCACUCCAGACUGGAUUCAUCUUGUGCAGCAGACACUGAGAAUGUGCGACCCUUUGCUGGGAAGGACCUAGUAUCUCAUGAGUCCAAUUCAAAUAGUCAUCCUAGUGAUGGUUGUUAUCAGGGACAGCAUAUUUCACAAAAUCCGUUUACAGGGAAAGAUUCAGAGAAUUCUGUUGGACAAAAACGACGAAACCUAGGAAUAAUUUCUGAGGAUGGAUACUGUACAGAUACGAUCCCCAGAAUCCAGAAAAGUCCGAAAGUUCCCAGAAGUGAGAACUGCAAUCCAGAGUUCAUGCUGCAUCAGUCAAAUAAAGGUUACAAUGACAGACAGAAGUGUGGGGGUGAUACAACUUGGAAGUGCUGGACUGAUAUUUUAGUAAAAUUCUCAGGAGAUACAGAACAACUGCUUUCUCCAUUGGCAAGCAAACUAAAUUUCAAAGCGAUUGGUGUGCUGGAAGAUAUGCUGGUCCACCUAUUGAAGGCUAAAAAAUAUGGGAUGCUGUGUUCUGAAGUCCAGUCUCAGAAGUUCGACUGCCUCAAUGUUGGGCAUAAAAGAGUAGCUGAAGCAAGACUGCUGCUUUAUAAAAUAGUGUAUGAAAAGGCAAAAUUGCAGUUAAUGCAAGUGAAGCGUGAUAAAUUACAGAUUAGAGUACAGCUCUUAAGCUCUGCAAUUCGGAAGUCUCAGAUGCUGAAAUUAAAUUACAUCCAUUGUCAGUCUGAACCUAGUGAACGGGAGACUCAUGUUGAUGAUAGUCAUCGUCAAUACUCUUUAGUUAAUUCUGAGGGUGAACAAGAGGCUUCCUGUGAUAAUGUAAGCACAAUGAGGCAGGAGCUUAAAGCUUUGGACAGAGAUGUAAAAAGCUUAAGCAAUUUCUUUCACAGCCACUGCAAGUUGAAAGGAGAACCGGGUUGCGCUGAUACUAUAUCUUUAGUUCAACAUCAUCUCAAGACAAGAACAUGUUGCAGGAUUAUUUGCCAUGAUUUGCAGCUAUGGAAAGUUGAUCAUUUUGAAAUUAAGAAUGGCCAUUACAAAAUUCUUCUCAGUUACCAUGGUUACGUCUUGCAAAGGUUUACAGGUACUGGGGGCCCAGCAUCAAACAUAGUCAUCUCACACAGUUUCAAUUAUAUAAAAAGCACAAAGGAAUUCCCAAACAUGGAUGUUCAAGUUGCAUUUGGUUUUGUGCUAAAUGCUGAGGCCACCAAGAAAAGUUGUGAUUUGAGAUGUUUUCCUUUGGCACAAGAAACGCAAGUAACCCGUUCACUGCUAAGAAAUCUGCUAGACGUGGUUGAGGAAGUGCACCUGGCUCGAUUUGAGAUUGUAAAUUUGAUUCAAACAACUUUUCAAACUCCAUCUGCUGAGCAGCUUGAUCUGAAGCUUUGUUUCCUCAAUUUUAAGAGCGGUAGACAGGUGGCAGUGACUCUUGACAUGACCUGUUUGAAAAGUGGGAUUUAUCCCUCGGAGAUUCUUCCGCAUCAGAUACAGGCUUCCUCCGAAUCUGCAGUGGAAAAGGCGCUGCCCGAGUCACUAUUAGCUGAAACAAGAGCUGCAGCUGAGAUUCUUGAAUCUGGAUAUACGAGAAUAAAGAGGCUCUGCAAGUGUAUCUCCAAUGUGGUGUAACUUCACACGCACGCGUAUUUCCAAGGGAGGUGAAGCAUGUCGCCAAAUAAGUUGUUGGAAUUUACCUUAGGUUACCAUAGUUGUGUGUGUGUAUAUAUAUAUUUUUUUUUAAAAGAGCGUAGUCGUAUAUUUAGCUAAAGAUAGUUCGAUAACUCGGAUUUUUCUCACCCAAAUCCUAGAGGGCAGUUGGUUUUUUUAACCAAGUUCUAUCGCUCGAGCCGUGCAAGGUCACUAACAUAUUGAACUUGUUGAGGUUGAGCACACAUUCUCCUCUUUGUUGUAAGUUCAACAAUUAUAUAACCAGCAAUUCAUUCAUAUUUUUACUU